CCCACUUCAUGAAUGGCUUCAUUCAAGAGAGCAGGGGCUGGGCUGGGAGCCUGAGCACUCGAGUGCCUGUUGCGCUCUCCACGUCUUCGGGCAGAAAAACACUACCAGCCAGGGGAGAAGGCUCUGCAGACCCUCCAGCCGCACCACCGGGGUCCCCGACAUGUCCCUGAUGCUCAAUAACACCUAUCAAGGAGGGAAAGCCUACGGAUUACUGAAAGCCAAGCAGGAGGGGAGGCUGGAGGAGAUCAACAAGGAGUUUCUCUGCGACCCGAAGUUUAGCGAUGAAGAGAAUUUGGAGGAAAAGCUUGCAGUUUUUAAAGAAAAGUACAUGGAGUUUGACCUGAAUAACCAAGGUGAAAUAGAUUUGAUGUCUGUGAAAAGGAUGAUGGAGAAACUGGGUGCCCCGAAGACUCACCUGGAGCUGAAGAAGAUGAUUUCUGAAGUGACCGGAGGGGUGAGCGAUACCAUCUCUUACCAGGACUUUGUCAACGUGAUGCUUGGGAAACGGUCGGCUGUUCUUAAGCUGGUGAUGAUGUUUGAAGGGAAAGCCAACGAAAGCAUCCCAAAGCCUUCAGGGCCCCCUCCCGAGAGAGAUAUUGCCAGCCUUCCUUGAAAAGCCACGACUCCCCUGGGCUGAUCCCAGGGCUUCUUGCUUUGUUGCUUUUAAGUUGGACAGUCUUAGAAAGCCACCACUAACCUGCCUUAGCGAAAAGGAAUGACAAGGGAAAUUCCAGGGACCUUUUCCAGAAGCGUCCCGACGUAGCCAUUCUUCAUAAACUGCAUCUGACUAGCCAGCUCUGUCUCUCGAAGAGAUGGAUCAGUAGCAAAGAACAAAAAAUGUGAAACCAAAACGAACUCCCACGAGGUACUUUUUCCAAUGAGAAAUGCCACGGACGGUUUCCCAAGGCCAGCUCUGCCUUCGGUAUGGAACUGGGGGGAUUCAAAUGCCAAAUCUCCAGCCACUGAAAAUUGCCCGGCCAAAUCAAAAGUUCUUCAGGUGAACUUUCAGGUCUUCCCCAAAUGAAGGCCUCAACUGCUGCCAUUUUGAAUGCUGUCACGUCUUGUCCAGCAAUGUCAGUCACUCCCAGACACCUGAGCCUCUGAGUGCCUUCUCUCGGCUUUCCUGACCAUUGUUUCUGUCUGGCUGCUUGUCCACCGGGCCAGCCUGCGUCUUCGAAACCCAAAGGAUCCUUCAGCCCUUCGGAAGUACAAUCUGAAUUCACCUACAUUAUCUAUCUUCGGUGAAUUAAUUUAUUUGCCAGAACCAAUUAAUCGUUUCUCGUUGUCCUUACAAACUUCCUCCUGGUUGUAUUUUUCUGCACAUGGGGUACAAUACGGAAAACACUGGAUAUGCUCCACUUCCAUGGAUGUGAGGAUGAUCUUGCUGCAUUUAGUCCUCUCUAGAUUUGUGUCUGUGGGCAGCAAGCAAGGUAUGUUGGUUGUCGGAAGAAUCACAGGACAUUAAUAUACUUUGCAUGCUGUCGGUUCCCACCUGCUGUUGCAAAAGAAAAGGUUUCCAGCUAAGACAAAGUGCUCUCCGAGGUCUGCAGGGAAAUCGACUGCAGUAAUAUGGGGAUCAGCCAGAGAUUUUGAUUCUCAAAAUCAAAGGCUAAAUCAAAACAAGAGCAACGCCCAGUGGUAGGAGGGUUUGCAGGAAUCGUGGACUGGCCACCUGAUGGAGGUUGAGUUCUGCAUUUUUUUUAAUUAAUUUACAUUUUAAUUAAGCUUUAUAACAUACAACAAAUAGAAAUCAACAAUGAACAUCAACUGUAACACAACAACUAAUCAAUAAUAGUUUACAAGUUUUGAAGAAUAUGAACAUUACAAUAACUUUUAAACAAAGCAUACAUAAUAUUACCAAAUAUCAGAAAACUGAGUCAACGUCUGAGCAAUUCUUAUUUUGGGAUGUAAAUCGUGCAUGUCUAUAAAUUCAAGAAAAGGGAACCAUUUCUCAUAGAAAUUGGAACUGGCGGGAAAGCGUUCAGCAUUGAGAAUAUUAUCAUUAAUCUUAUCCAGGAUGAAAUGGUCCCAUAUCUUAGAGAGCCACAUCUCUUUAGUUGGCACUUUCUUCAGAUUCCAGACUGAAGCUAUCGCUGAUUUCGCUGCAACUAAAAAUAUUGCUAUAAGAUUCCUGAUAGCUUUUGGGAUCUGUGGAAUAUUCCAUUGGUCUAGAAAUCUAAUUGAAGGCGAUAAUGGAAUAUCGUAAUUCGUUAUCUGUUUUAUUACUUCCAAUAUUUCUUUCCAAAAUGUGGCUAUCCGUGAACAACCCCACCAACAAUGAGAGAAGGAUCCUACCUCAUUGCAACCCUUCCAACACAGGGGAGAGCAAGAGGAUGACAUUGUAGACAAUCUUUUAGGCGUCAAGUGCCACCUGUGAAUAAUUUUAAACGAUUGGAGAGUUCUGCAUUUUGAUGUUGUUACAAAUGGGUUUCCUCCUUUAUCUUCUCUCCCAAUGAAUAACCCACAGCGUGUUGUGGUGGGCCACAGGAUUAGUAAUAGCAGCUCACACUGGCUACUUAACAGAGAAGUUAUGGGGCUGGGGGGGGGGUACUUCAAAAAGAUGGACCACCCAGCUACAGCUACUCAAUGCCUUCUGAGCUGUUGUGUAUCCCUGUGUAUUUUUCACAGCCAGUCUCUGCUGUUUGGCUGUCAGCCAGCUUGGUAGCCCCAAGACGAGGCUGUGCAUAGCUUCUUUUUAAAGAGAGAAUGAGUGCGUUUUUUUCCUUUUUCUCCACAUUCCAAAGCACUCAAAAUUGGAGGAACAGAUCCUGCAAACAAGCAUUCCAUAGGUAAUUUAUUUGUGUGUUGGCUUCAGUGGGGAACACGGUCAGGAAUGUGUUUUGGAGAAUCAGGCUGUCUUAUUUUCCAGGAACCAGUUUUAAGUGGGAGGGUACUCCAGGCAUUCUGGAAAUGGGAGCAUUUUUUGUACGUUUACAGCAUUUGCAAGCCAGUUACUUUUGCCCAGGACGAAUGACAGCUUCUGCUGUCUCGCACCCCAUCUCACCACUGUCCACUGCAGCUUUUUAUCCCAUGCUGAUAACGAUCCAGUUGCUUUUUUAAAAGAAUCUUGUUUGUAUAAGGACCCCUUAGAACUGUACUGAAAAGAGAAACGGCGGAUGAGGUUGACAAAGCUCUGUUUGUACAAAACGGAAAUAAAGCUCGUGGGGAAAAAUUA